AUAAUAUAUUAUAGAAUGCCAAAAUCAAUAGGUUAAAUUUUUAAAGAAAUAUGGCCAAAAUUAGCAAUAUUCACAGUUAUGCUUGCAAUUACCAUAUUUUAAAAACAUCCAAUGACUUUUAAAGCUCUUGGUUAAAGUGAUGAAGAAAUUUAAGAAUAAUUUAAGACAGGUGAAUUCAAAACAACUACUUUUGAGAAGGAUUACUUAGCAUAUGUAUAAAUAGAGAAAAUAAUCUUUACUCUUGUUGUGUUUUUAAUUUUUUAUUUUUUCAGAAGAAAGAAUCUAGAGUAUGAAGAAGAAUAAGCUAGAUUAUUCUUAGAAAAAGAAAAAGAUAAGAAAAUAGCUGAAAAUAGAAAACUACUAGAACAAUAAAAAUACGAAUUUACUGAUGAGGACAUCAAAUUUUAUAGAGAAGCUAAUGAAAAAAUUAAAUAAAAAGAACUCAGAACAAAAAAAAAAUAUAAUUAAGAAUGAG